GGAAUACCUAAUCCCUAAGAGAGAGGGAGAAGGACCACUUGGACGACUACGCCUGAAUAGGUGAUCUAGCGUGGCAGGAUCACUAUACAAGCAGGAGGCAGAAGCCCUUGGGCCUAGCCUUGCCCUUGGGAGGGUUGCGGGGGAUUAGAGGGUACCGCUCAAGAGCAGUCCUAGAGCGCUUAACAAAGACCUCGAUCUUACAGGAUGUUAACUCUAGAUUACAGCGAGCGUUAAUUGCAGCAUGAACAGGAACCACAGAGUUCUUGUAAAGAAUAGAGCAGGAGUAGGUGCUAUACUUAACGCAGCGCUUGCUGUUCGAAUUGAGCUAAUCAUGGCAAAUGCCAUCAAUCAGGCCUGCGUUGAAACGCAGGGCGCACCCACCACACACCUCCUUACGAGCGGCACCAACCUUGAUUAGAGCGGCCUUCUUCUUGCCCUUCUUAGGGUGCUUCUUCUCCUGAUCUUUGGAGCCGCGAGCAGCUUGGCCGGAUCGCUUAGGGGUGAUGGGAGCGAGCUCGCUAUCGUCCUCCUCGUCCUCAUGCUUGUCCUUGUCCUCGUGAUCAGCGUCCUGACUACUGUCCACCUGAUUGUUGGAACCCUCCUCUGAAUUGUAGCCGUUCGUGCCCUUAAGUAGAUUAACCAGUAGAUCAACAGUCCUCUGCCCUAUUACACCGAACACCAACUUUUCUUAGUUGGAGAAAGGUCGAUUUUCAUCGAUUU